UUUAGUUCUACCAAAUCACUGACCUAUGGCGAUUCCGGUGUCGACGUUGCUGAAGGAAAUGCUUUCGUGGAGGACAUCAAAGGUCUUGUCAAGUCUACACUGCGUAAGGGAACUGGCCAGAUCGGAGGCUUUGGUGCCGUAAUUGAUUUGGUUGCAGCCGGGUAUCGCAACGGUUCUCAGCUGGUAAUUGGAAUCGAUGGAGUUGGGACAAAAAUUGAGAUAGCCGACAUCAUGAACGACUACUCAGGCAUAGGUCGCGACGUUGUUGGGAUGUGUGUGAACGACGUAUUGUGCCAUUGUGCGGCUCCCAUAGCUUUUCUUGAUUAUUUUGUUAGUGGACGUCUGAAUCGAGUACGUGCUCGUGAAAUUGUAGCAUCUAUAGCUGAAGCAUGUAUUGAGGCGGAAUGCAGUUUAGUCGGAGGUGAAACGGCUGAGAUGCCUGGAGUUUACUCAUCAACACAGUGGGAUCUUGCUGGAUGUGCUGUAGCAGUGCGAGAACCGCGGUGGCCAAUGCUGCCCGACUCAGACAGGUAUCCCUCUAGCAAUUAAAA